AUGUCGAGCUACGAAAAGAGGUUUGAGUAUAGAGGCCCAGCCGACCACAUCGUCGAGCCCGAAGGUCUUUCCAGCACCCAGUCAGGAGACCUCGUCGGCGGUGCCCUGGCUGGCUACCAUGAUCGUGACGUCUUUGGCAACGAGGAAGGUGCAGAUAUCAAAUAUAAAACACUGUCAUGGCCUCUUGUCGCCGUUCUUAUGAUUGCCGAGAUCGUCAGCAAUGGCAUGCUCUCUUUGCCAGCAGCGACUGCUGUAGUUGGCAUUGUUCCCGGUGUCGUACUGAUCGUCUUUCUCGGCGUCUUUGCACUGUAUACCUCUCUCGUUCUGAUAGACUUCAAGAUCAACCACCCAGAAGUCCACAAUAUGGGUGACGCUGGUAUGAUUCUAGGAGGCCCCUUGCUGCGUGAACUCCUCUCCGCCGGCACGGUCAUUUUCGCCGUUUUUGCAACAGGGUCACAACUGCUUGCCGGGCAAAUCGCCUUGGGUUUCUUGUCGGACAACAAGCUCUGUCUGAUGUGGUAUACUGGGAUCUUUGCAAUUCCAACCCUCAUCCUCUCUUUUCCUCGAACCCUGGACCAGCUCUCCUGGCUAUGUAUUCCCUCAUGCAUCUGCAUUUUGGUCGCCGGCGUUGUAGGAAUGGGGGCGGCCGGAGGCAAUCCUGCCCCCGAUCGACACGUGGACGUCGCCCACUCCGCGAGUUUUUACAACGCCUUUGUGUCCAUCACGAAUCCCGUGUUCGCGUACGCUGGACACUUUAUGUUUUUCAUCCUGAUCUCGGAGAUGAAGCGGCCCGCCGACGCCAAAAAGGCAGCAUGGGUAUUGCAGGUUUUUGCCACUGCAUUCUAUACUGUCUUCACCGUCGUCAUGUACGUGUAUUUAGGGCCGUCGGUCCAGUCGCCGGCGUUUUCGUCUCUCCCCAGCAAAUGGCGGAAAGCCACGUACGGCAUCGCCCUCCCCAACUUCCUCAUCGCUGGGUCAUUGUACUCCCAUACCGCCGCCAAAUUGUUCUUCAUUCGAUUUUUCCGCAAAUCUCGGCGUCAUCUGCACAAACAUACUAUCAUAGGCUGGAGUACGUGGACUAUCCUCAUCGUCCUGGCCAAUGGGGCUGCGUUUGUUUUGGCUGUGGGUGUGCCUAUAUUCGCGUACCUGGUAAGUAUCGCGGCCAGUUUAUUCGCCAGUUGGUACACGUAUGGCAUCGCGGGGGCAUUUUGGUUGUAUGAUGCCUAUCACGGGAUGGAUAAGGGGAGAGUGAAGGGCGUCUAUGGUAUGAGGGCAUGGACGGGGAGUCCAAUCAAGACAGCCGUUAACGCAGCCACGUUUGCUGCGGGAGCCUUCAUUUGCGUUGCCGGUAUGUGUUUCUCCAUGUUUCAUGAGUUUGUCUUUCCAACGGCAAUUUGGAUGUAUUUGUGGUGCACCAACAUGCGCAAGUUUCUACAGCUCAUGGUUGAUGACUCGAGUCACUUCUUAGGAACGUACGUGUCGAUCAAACUCAUCGUCGACGCGUACAACAGCGGCACAGUUGGGGCCCCUUUCGCCUGCUAA